CUUCCGGAAGUGCCGGUGGAGCGUGGGCAUGGCGCGCGAGUCCUGUGUCGCGGAGGCUGGCUCCGCCGCGGCCGCGCUCUUCUGCUGGGGUGCAAAUAGCUACGGGCAGCUUGGCCUUGGCCACAAGGAAGAUGUUCUUCUUCCCCAGCAACUGAGCAACUUCUGUGAGCCUGGGUGCAUCAGGAGUGUCACAGGAGGUGGGGGCCAUUCUGCAGCAGUCACAGAUAGAGGAGGACUUUUUGUUUGUGGCCUGAAUAAAGAUGGGCAGUUGGGGCUUGGCCACACAGAAGAUGUUCUGUGUUUUACCAUCUGCAAGCCUCUUCUUGGUUGUCCAAUCAAACAGGUGGCCUGUGGCUGGGAUUUUACCAUUAUGCUCACAGAAAUAGGUCAAGUUCUGUCAUGUGGAUCCAAUGCCUUUGGCCAGUUAGGUGUGCCGCACGGCCCUCGCAGAUGUAUGGUUCCACAGACCAUUGAGCUCCUGAGAGAGAAGGUUGUUUGUGUUGCGGCUGGACUGAGGCAUGCGUUAGCCACUACAGUGAGUGGCAGCGUGUUCCAGUGGGGGACUGGCUUGGCAUCUUCUGGACAACGGUUGUGUCCUGGGCGGACACUGCCAUUGUUUUUGACAGCAAAGGAACCAAGCAGAGUGACAGGCCUUGAAAAUUCCACAGCGGUAUGUGUCGUUGCCGGAUCUGACCACUCAGCCGCAUUAACAGAUACAGGAGAACUGUAUGUCUGGGGCCGGAACAAACAUGGGCAACUGGCUUCCCUGGCUGCAUUCCUUCUUCUGCCCCAGAGAAUAGAUGCACGUUGCUUUCAGAAUGAAAAGCUCACUGCCGUCUGGAGUGGCUGGACACACCUGGUUGCUCAGACAGAAACUGGCAAGGUGUUUACCUGGGGUCGAGCAGACUAUGGUCAGCUAGGGCAGAGGUUGGAGUCUCCUGAUGGCCAGAAACCCCACAAACUAGAUUCAUCGCUUGCCUUUUGGAGGCUACAAAACAGUGUGCCUUUGCCUCUGCAUUGUCUGACAGGAGCAGCCAAGAUUUCUUGUGGCUCAGAACACAAUUUGGCAAUAAUUACCUUCCCGGAGAGAAUUGUUGGACUAUGUCCAUGUCGGCAGCCUGGCCACUCUCCAGGAGGAAGAACACUGCUUCCCUUGGACCAGGGCUUGCAGCUACAUAUAAUGGCAAGUUUCCUUUCAGAUAUACAGUUUUUAUGAUAAUAAGGAUAGUCACAAAGAAAAUGUAUAUGUAUUAAUCCAUAUAGAAUUAUAAAGAGUAUAUUCACUUUGUUCAUGAAAAAGCAAAGCGUAGUUCAGAAUCCCUGAGAGCUGUGCUAGCGCCUGAGGCCCGUCUGCGUCAUACUGUUUCUCACUUGGUUCUCAGGUUAUACUCCCGCAGGCCCACCACAGGGCUUUCUGCAGAGUGUGUCCAUUCAUGUUUGUCUGACAGGGACCUCUGUUAUUUUUUGUUUUGAGACAGAGUCUCUCUAUGUAGCCCUGACUCUCUUGAAACUCCCUAUUUAUACCAGGUUGGCCUCAAACUUCUGCCUCCCAAGUGCUGGGAGAAAGAUGUUCACCUCUAUGUCCUUGGCACCUCCAUCUUAGACUGCUCCAAACAGAGCUCCUCAUCUUCUCCCCAAAGCUGUUCUUCUCCCAGGUUUCCUCUGCUUCAUGGUACUGCUACAGUAAGGGAUAGGGGAACCCUGGUAUAAGACUUUACACUUUGGGCUGUGGCAACAUGUCAGGGCUGGUCCUCAGAGGCAACAGAGGAAGGCAUCACCCUAUAUUGUAUCUGCAUCUUUGUCUUGAACUUGAUUGAACUUAGCACCAAGUAAGACACGUGCUGGGAGAUGUAUAGAGGUGCUCAGAACUUCUGACACGUGAAGACCUAGGGGCCAUUAUAACACCACUAAUGUGCUGGGGAACCCAGGAGAGCCUAACAUGACUCAUAUUAAAUAGCAUCCUGGGUAUUAGGUGGGCAGCAGUUGGCAAGGUCUGACCUGUGGCCUACUUUUGUAUGAUGACAUAGUCAUUUAAAAAAAUAAAAAUUUGUAUGUAUUUAUUUUAUUUGUAUAUAUUUGCAUACAUGUGUGUAUGUAUAUGAUGUGCAUACCUGGUGCUCACAAUGGUCAGCAGAUAAUGUCAGAUCAGAUUCCCUGGAACUGGAGUUACAGAUGAUUAUGAACCACCAUGUGGGUGCUGGGAACUAGACCCAGGUCCUCUGCAAGAGCAACAAGUGCUCUUAACUAUAGAGUCAUCUCUCCAGCCCCACAAACCAUUCUCAAAUGACCUUCAAACGACAUCAAAAACAGAAUGGGUGGGACUUCAGAGACGGCUCCGUAGACAUUGUACUUGCUUUACAAACAGGGGGAUCUCAUUCAGAUCUCCAGUAGCCAUGGAAAAACCAGACAUGGUAGCACAUACUUGUGGCCCCAACACUGAGAAGUGACAAAAAGAUCCCUAGUCUUGCUCUCCAACCCCUCUAGCCAGUCAAUAAGCUCCAGGUUCAAUGAGGGACUCUGUCUCAAAAACUAAGGUAGAGAGAGAUGAAGGGAAAAGACCCAGCAUUGAUCUCUGGCCUGCACACAUGCAUUCCUAUAUACAUGUGUACACAUGUAAACAGCACACGCAUAGGGAAGAAGAGGAUAUAGGACAGCACACCAGUUGGGCCCUCAAGCCUUAAGUACUUCUGUAACAAUAAGUUCAGUGAAGCCUAGUGUAUAAUGUGUGGAGUUCAGCACAGUGUUGGGAGCCCACUCGACAUUCUAGAUGUUCAGCCUUCUCUUCUGGAAGAUGAACACCAUCCAUGAGAUGUGGCCCCCUCACUGUACUAUGACAACCUGAGCAGAUAAAGCACACCACCCGAAACACUGUCCUCAGAGGAUCAGGGAAGAGAAGCCUGGGCUUUUGCCAGGCUUCUACACCAAACAGGCAUGAAAGUCCUGGCUCUGGGCCUCAUCUACCCAACCCUGAGUCUAGUUUCCUCAGAGUGAGUUCCCUUUGGCAGGAGAAGAGCAUGCCAGCUGCCCAUUGUGCUGUGUCCUGUGGCGAGGUCAGCACUGUCUUCAUCCCACCCCCACCCCUGCUUCCCACCUCACCCCUGCUGAGGUCAGCUGCCCUUCUCAUCAGGGCCAGGCACUUGGCCCAUGCAAGGUGCUAAACUGGGCCCUAAGAUUCUGGGUUCUACCAUCCUCCCUCCUGGCCCUAAGGUUCUGGGCUCUACCAUCCUCCCUCCUGGCCCUAAGGCUCUGGGCUCUACCAUCCUCCCUCCUGGCCCUAAGGUUCUGGGCUCUACCAUCCUGCUGCUUCCUUCUUCCCUGCUCCUCUUUCCUGCUGCUGAUCAGCCUUCAGAAGUUCCUGCUCAACCAUAGGGAGGAGGGGAAACCACUAUUUCUGCAUGUGUUUCCUUAUCUUGCCAGCCACCAGAAGACAUAUAUUUCCCCAGAUUUGAGCCCCUGGCCAGCAGUACCUCCCUCUCACGAAAGUGAAGCCCUAAGGGCAAUCCGCUUAGACCCAGCUGGCCUCCCUCUCUUGAAACAGUGGUCUGUAAAACAAACUUUAGCUGUAUAAUCACAUAAUUGUAAAGAUUUAAACAUUUGGGUUGUGGGAAAAUCAGGAGGAUUUUCUGAUAAAGGUGGCUUUCAGUUUGCACACACUGCCGAAGAAACUUUAUAAAAGGCCACACUGAAUGUGCUGGGUGUGAUGGCACACCUGCACACCCAGAACUUGGUGGGUGGAAGCAGGAGGGUGCAGAUUCAAGAUUAUCCUUGGCUAUAUAGUAAGUUAGAUGCCAGCCUAAACUUCAUGAGACCCUGACCUCCCCCUCCCAAUCAGUCAUAAAUACAUCUCUAUUGAAAGAUCUAAAACAAAAUUUUAAGUCAAACUGAAAAAAAAAAAACCCA